AUGGCACCCAGAGUGACAGCUUCUGACCGGCUCCUCACCGCCAGGGUUUUCUUCGAAGGGGCCCCUCCCGAGGACGUCACCCGAGUACUGGAGGGUGCCCGGUCCUGCAAGGUCUCAUUCUGCCUCCGUCGUCGGACGCCCAGCACCCGCAGCCCCCUUGGCGGCACCAGCACCGGCAGCGAGGGACAGCAGGGGAAGGUAGCCAGGCUGAGCAUCCCGAUCCUGACACCCUCCAAGAAGCCACCGCUGGCACCCAGCACGGUGAGCGCAGCACCCACCAGCGCCGUGGCCGUGGAGUUUGCCUUUCCCAAGCUCCCCAAGCUGCUGAAGAGCCAAAGCGGUGCCGAUUCGCUCAGCCUGGAGCUGGAGCCCACAGCACCACUGCCAGCAGUAGAAAUUGCCACCCCGGCACAGCUCGCCAGGGACACGCCAGCAACUGGAGCCAAACCCAAACCCCCCAAAUUCACCUUGCCACGGUUUGGGUUGUCCCUCACCAAGCUCAAAAUGGGUGGCAAUGGCAACAGGUAUCCCGUGGCAUCCCGUGGCGCAGCCGUGCCAGCGCCGCCCGGCAUCGCCGUCACUGGUCCCACGGUGGCCUUAGACCUGGCUUUGGGGACGGCUGGUGCUGGUGGUACUGGGGUCAAGCUGAAGGUCCCCAAAUUAUCCCUGGCACCUUUUGGUGUCAAGGAUGGGGACAAGGGUGCUGGUGGUGAGGAGGGUCCCCGGGAUGGCGGCAUCACAAUGAAGCUGCCACAGUUUGGAAUCAGUGGGUCAGGGGGGGAUGAUGGGAGGUCGGUGGAAACGGGGUCACCCAGGACCCCCCGGCUUCGGGUACCACGGGUGGGCAUCGCCCUGCCAGCGACGGGCAGCUGGUACACGCCAUCAUUGCCUAAACUCCCUGUCAGGCCAGAGCUGGGCGGGGGGGUGAAGCUGCCAAAAUUUGGGGGAUCCAGCCCCGAUAUCCGCACUGGGGGGGACACCAAAAUGAUAAGACGCGGGGGAAGCGCCGAGAGCUUGAACAUUGGCGUGGCAGGAAGGAAGAUGCAUGAGCCCAGCGUGAUCCAAUUGAAGCUGAAAACCAGGGGGCUGAUGGAUGAUGGGGGGCCACAGCCAUUGACCCCCUGGUUCACUGUCCCUGCCGUGGGUUUUGCCAUACCAGUAAAACAACCAGAGGCUCCAGUAAGCCAGAAGAUGCCGAAACCCACCGGCAUGCCGGCAUUGAAGGUGCCGGUGCUGGAGUUGGCACCACCAGGGAUGGAUGGCAUGGAGGAAACCACCAGGAAGGAUACGGCACCAGGACGCCGGUCUAGGGUCAAAUUGCCAAAAUUUGGUGCAGGUUUUUCCAGAAGUGGGUUAGAAGGUGAAGGGAGGAUGAGGAUGGGUGGCGUGAAGGAGACAGUGUUGGUGAAGCCAAAGGAGAAAGGAGAAAACAACCAGGUGGUGGACACCCUUCCCCACGUCAACGGGGAAGCAGAGGGCAAGGCCCGGCGACGGCGAUGGGUGCCCAGGGUGGGCUUCUCCCCCGAGGGGUCCCCGCCAGAGCCCCCCAUCACCCAACCCAAGGAGGGGAAGAUGCGGUUACCUGGUGUUGAGCUCUCCCGCAGAGACCCCGAACUCAACCAGCUGUCAGCGAUGACAGAAGUCACCUCACGCUUCACUUUGGGAGGGUUUAGGGGUGAGGGGACCCCUAAAUUUCAACUGCCUAAGCUGACGCUAAGCCCCCAACCCUGCAGUGAGCGGUGA